UCUCUCCUUUUUUUGUUUCCUUACAUUUUUCUCUUUAUUUUUUUUGUCACCCUCCCCUCGUCGUCCCUAUGAAGGACGAUGAUGAGUGGGUUGACCCUUUCAAUUUCCCUUAAAAACCACCAUCAUUCAAAAUCAUUUUCCUUUGAACACAAACACUUUUACAAAAAAAAAUCAACAACAUAAAAUAAACGUUAAACAUUAUUAUCAUUAACUAAUUAAAUAUUAUAUCAAAUUUAAAAUGGCGGGUCUAUCACCUUUCCAACUCUUAGAAAUAAACCUAAUAUCAGCUCAAGAUAUAUCCAAGGUUGCACGGUCGAUGAGAACAUAUGCGGUCGCGUGGGUUCACCCAGACCGGAAGCUCACCACCCGUGUCGAUACAAAUGGUGUAACCAACCCAACAUGGAAUGACAAGUUUGUCUUCCGUGUAGACAACCAAUUCCUCCAUUCGGACACGUCCGCUAUAAUGAUCGAGAUUUACGCAUUGCAUUGGUUUCGUGACGUGCAUGUAGGCACGGUGCGAGUCCUUGUGGGUAACCUCAUUCCCCCACAAACACGGUCUUAUAAUCACAACCAUCUUGGGAUGCGGUUUGUUGCCCUCCAAGUUCGUCGCCCAUCGGGCCGUCCCCAAGGCAUCUUAAACGUCGGUGUUACCGUCCUAGAUAGCACAAUGCGUAGCAUGCCGUUGUACACACAACUCAGCACGUCAGCUGUUGGGUACCAGAAGUUGAUGGGGCAAGACGAGCUUCAUAGCCAUCCACAAGAUGGUGAGCCUAGUAUACCUAAGGGUAAUUCAGGCCAAUUUCGCCGUACAAAAAGCGAGAGAAGCUCCGUCCUCGGAAAUGAUUAUGAUCAAGGUUUCAUGUUUCAUAAGCCUAGUAACUCAAUAAUUAAUGGCUCCGACAAUAAUAACUCUGCCAUUAUGAAGAAGGAUAAGCACGUGUAUGAUAAGCCGUUAUCAAUAGUAGAUGGAGUAGAUGCUUCAUCAAGUAUAAGCUUAGCUAUGAAAUUAAAAGCCCCUGAAGGAAAAAAGAAUGGAUCAGUUGUCAGCAAUGGAGCAGCUUCGUCAGUCAAAGGGAUACCAAUUAAAAAAAAGGGCAUAAGGCAAGACAAGACGACGGUAAAAACCAACAAAAAACACGAUUGGUUACCACAUUACUCGGCAGUCACGAAAGACUUUGCGGCAGGAUCAGUAUGGUCGGAAUCCGAAGUGGGGCCUUCGCCAUCAGAAGUGGCAGCAGCAAUUGCAGAGGACAAUAAAUAUAAGCACAUGGAGGAAAGGGGAAGCUCAAUAAUAAUGGAUUACGAGAGUGAAGGGGUAAGGACAAAGUUAGAGAGAUGGAGAGCAGAGAUGCCAACGGCUUAUGGUUAUGGUGGUUCUUACCUUGGUGAUGGUGGUAGUAGUAGUAGUAGCUCCAUCUUCCCUAGGGCAACACACAAUCAACGACAUACUGCUGAUGGUGGAGCUGGUAAAUUCUCAUGCUUUGGAAACAUUUGUGGGUAUGAAUGUUCCAUAGUAUGUGGUAGAAACAACAACGACGUUCAUGGUGGUGCUAAAGCUAAGAACAAGUAUGAUGCAAGAGCACCUUCUAUAGAUUCUGUGUCCACAUAUUUUUGAGUUUGAGUAGGAGAUUUUUGGUGAUCUACACAUUUUUCUUUGUUUUAAAAAUUUGUGAAUAUUAUUAUUGUUGGAACUUGGAAACGUCAUGCUUAAUUCUUCCCCUUUCUCAAAGUAAUUUGUAAUAUAGAGUAUAAUCUUUUCGUCACCAAAAGUUUUAAUUUUCUUUACUAGUCGCUGGUAAA